UUGUACCUUAAUUGCAGGGCUAGACUAGCUCUAUCCAUUUCCAUACAUAUUGCCCGUACUAUAUUCAUUUAUUUUUCAUCUUUACCUCCCGUAUUAUUUUUUAUCUCUAUCACAGGCUGCGAGCUCAGUGGACUAACAAGCUCUGUAGGUGGCCUCAGCCUACACGAAGCCACAGAAGGGACUGCAGUCGGCCAGCAGGGCAUCCGGUAUGAAGAAAUUCGCAGCUUUGUCGACCUUUAUCGCCAGCUUGUAGGAGCCUCUUGCCAUGAGAGCCUUGACCAAAUUGGUGGGGAAGAUGAAGGGACGGAACAGAAUCAGGAAACGGCGAAAAAUGAGCAUGAGGGCAUCCAUAGUGAUCGGCUCAUACCAAGUAUGACCACUAAUAUGGCCAAUGGAGUGCUCUCCCCAGGAAUUGCUCCACUUCGCCGAUUGAAGAUCCAAACGAUGCUUGGGAUAGAUCAGUUGGAAGCGGAUCGCGCUGCUGUGCAGCGCCAUUUAGCCAGCAUCGAAUGCGCCUGUCAGGCUGCCAGAGAUCUAUUGUCGGGCUCAGAAGCCGCCUCCAUGCCUCUUCUUGAUAGCAUGAUUUCCAAAGCCCCUAAAAAUUCAGUCUCUUUGUCCUCUUCUCCCAUUUCUUUUUCGGCCUCGUCCUCUAAUUUCAAACGUUCACAACUAAAAAAAUCGACGACACAAGUUGAUGAAGCCCAAUAUUUUCAGCCUGGUCCUCUUCGGGUAGCACAGUCUUUCGACAGGAAAGUGACCCUUGAUUCUAAGGACGUACGUCUUGAACCUGUUAUGGAAACAGAUGCUUCCCUUGCCAUCUCAUCCUGUUCUUCUCUGUCUUUCUCGGAUUCUUCAGCGUUGCCUUUUCCAUCUUGUUAUUCUGGUCGACCAGGCGCAGUCGGAAAAGUGCCAUCUGUGCCCAACCCAUCAGAGAGAGAAAUUAGCUCAACAAACAAUUCAUGGAGCCAACGUUCCACGGAACGUGCAACUCCACGGGCUGUAAAUCCGGAAACCGACUCAGUACUUAAGGAUAGCCCAGCUCGGGCUGCUUCUAUUGCUGAUUGUGUUGUGCUGCCGUCACCAAUACUAGGCACAACGACUGUUGUUGCCGCGCAUGAAGAGUCUGGGACUAGCGAAGCGAAAGUGAUAAAGGCUGGCAGACGUUCAAGGGGUCUAGCCGCUAAGCGAAUCAGUCAGAAAGCGACUUCAAAUGAUGCCCCUACCUGGCAGAAUUAG